CUCCUGCUCGUGUUGGGCUAUAUGGCGUACCGUUGAAGCGCAGGAGAAUCGUACCAGUUUUGUUGACAACCGAUAAAGAUGGCAGCGGACUCCAUGGACAAGAAGGAUGCUGAAUCCUCAGGGACCAAAGACAGAGACAGGAAACGCAGCCGAUCUAGAGAGCGGGACCGAAAACUCUCCCCAUCACGAAAACGCCAUCGAUCCCGGGAAAGAAAUCGAUCAAAAUCUGUAGAAAGAGACAGACGCCCGAAAGACAAAGACAGAGACAAGGAUCGAGACAGAGACAAGGACAGAGAGAGGAGCCGUAAGGACAGAGACAGCCAUCGACGUGACAAAGACCGCAGCAAGAGGUCCAGAAGUCUCUCCCCCAAGUCGAAGGAUUCAAAGUUAAAGAGAGAGAAGGAUAUCAAAACAGAAGAGGAGGAAGAUGAGAAAAAGAAGAAAGAGAAGGUCCAGCCUCUGUCUUUGGAAGAGCUUCUCGCCAAGAAGAAGGCAGAAGAGGAAGCAGAGGCAAAACCCAAGUUCCUUUCCAGGGCCGAGCGAGAAGCUGAGGCUAUAAAACGAAGGGAACAACAGACAGAAGAGAGGAGGCGGAUGGUGGACGAGGAGAGGAAAAAAAGAAGGGUUUUCCAGGACAUGGGGAGAAAAAUGCUUGAGGAUCCCCAGGAGAGAGAGAGACGAGAGCGAAGAGAAAGAAUGGAGCGAGAAAACAACGGGAACGAAGAGGAUGACGGACGACAAAAGCUCAGGGAGGAGAAGGAUAAAGGCAAAGAGCUCCAGGCCAUCAAGGAGCGUUACCUGGGAGGACUGAAGAAACGCCGAAGAACUCGCCAUCUGAACGACAGAAAGUUUGUCUUUGAGUGGGAUGCUUCUGAAGACACUUCAGUCGACUACAACCCCAUUUAUAAAGAAAAACAUCAGGUACAGCUUUAUGGACGAGGCUUCAUCGCUGGCAUCGACUUGAAGCAGCAGAAAAGAGAGCAGUCCCGUUUUUAUGGUGACCUGAUGGAGAAGAGGCGAACGCUGGAAGAGAAGGAGCAGGAAGAGACGAGGCUGAAGAAGAUGCGUAAGAAAGAAGCCAAGCAGCGCUGGGAUGACAGACACUGGUCUCAGAAGAAGCUGGACGAGAUGACAGACCGAGACUGGAGAAUCUUUAGAGAGGAUUACAGCAUCACCACUAAGGGAGGAAAGAUCCCAAACCCCAUCAGGAACUGGAAGGAGUAUUCGCUGCCGGCGCACAUCCUGGAGGUUAUCGACAAGUGUGGCUACAAGGAUCCGACACCUAUCCAGAGGCAGGCCAUUCCUAUUGGUUUACAGAACCGUGACAUCAUCGGCGUGGCUGAGACUGGUAGCGGUAAAACAGCUGCUUUCCUGAUUCCACUGUUGGUCUGGAUCACCACCCUGCCAAAGAUCGACAGGAUUGAAGACUCAGACCAGGGUCCUUAUGCUGUGAUCCUGGCUCCGACUCGUGAGUUGGCUCAGCAGAUUGAAGAGGAGACCAUAAAGUUUGGUAAACCACUCGGCAUCAGGACGGUGGCUGUGAUUGGAGGAAUCUCCAGAGAGGACCAGGGCUUCCGUCUCAGGAUGGGCUGUGAGAUUGUGAUUGCCACCCCUGGUCGUCUGAUCGAUGUGCUGGAGAAUCGCUACCUGGUCCUGGGCCGCUGUACCUAUGUGGUCCUGGACGAGGCUGAUCGUAUGAUUGACAUGGGUUUUGAGCCCGACGUCCAGAAGAUUUUGGAGUACAUCCCAGUGACCAAUCAGAAACCAGACACAGAUGAAGCAGAGGAUCCUGAGAAGAUGAUGAUGAACUUUGAAUCUGGAAAACAUAAAUACAGACAAACGGUCAUGUUUACGGCUACUAUGCCUCCAGCUGUGGAGCGGCUGGCCAGAAGCUACCUGCGACGUCCUGCUGUGGUUUACAUCGGUUCUGCUGGUAAACCACAUGAGAGAGUGGAACAGAAGGUCCUGCUGAUGUCAGAGGGAGAGAAGAGGAAGAAGCUGUUGGAGGUGUUGGCUAGUGGCUUCGAGCCCCCCAUCAUCAUCUUCGUCAACCAGAAGAAAGGUUGUGAUGUGCUGGCCAAGUCUCUGGAGAAGAUGGGAUACAAUGCUUGCACCCUUCACGGUGGUAAAGGACAGGAGCAGAGAGAGUUCGCACUCUCCAACCUCAAAGCUGGAGCUAAAGACAUUCUGGUGGCCACAGACGUUGCUGGUCGAGGUAUCGAUAUCCAGGACGUCUCCAUGGUCAUUAACUACGACAUGGCCAAGAAUAUUGAAGACUACAUCCAUCGUAUCGGUCGUACGGGUCGUGCUGGUAAGAGCGGUGUUGCCAUGACCUUCCUGACUAAAGAAGACUCGGCUGUAUUCUACGACCUAAAGCAGGCCAUCCUGGAGAGCCCGGUCUCCACCUGUCCUCCAGAGCUGGCCAACCACCCGGAUGCCCAGCACAAACCUGGAACAAUCCUGACCAAGAAGAGGCGCGAAGAGACCAUCUUUGCCUGAUUGAUGAACACAAAGCAGGACUUUCAGACUGUUUUAUCAAGGUGUAUCGCUACAGGACGAGCACGUCUGUUUUACACCCUGAAUUUUGACUCCUGGACAUUUAAACCUCACUUUGGUGAUUAUGAUCUAAACUUUCAUCCCAUUCAAACUGUCUUUUAUUUUUUAACCAAUAAGCUGGUUAAGACAAAGAUUCGCUGUUCCCUGCACUUGUUUAGGGGUGAGAAAGCUCAGUUAGUAAAUGCAGAUUCAGUGGUAGAGGUGCUUCAGUCUUUUAUAAACAAGCAUAACCAUGAUGUCUGCACUGUAUAAAUUCACUUCAGUUAAAAGACUGUGACAAAAAAAACUACAAUGAGGAGUUAUCUUUGCUUUGUGUUAUUCAUUUCUGUCACAAAAAUGAGGAUUUCUGGACUUUUUAAGAGACCAAGUGACAACCCUUUACAUUUGCUUCAGUAGCUCUGGGUAAAUUGUACUUCAUUGUUUAAGUAUAAACAUUUGUAUGAAGUGAA